AUGCGUGCCCUCCAUCUGCCUGGUGUCCCUUCAGGACAAGCCCCUCCGUUCAGCUUCCCAGACAAACCAGCAUCGCCCUCUGAUCUACAAUACACGGCAGCGGGUUACCCAGGACCUGACUUCCCAUCAUCUGCCUCAGAACACAUGUACCUGAUCCGCGUGCUCGUCACUGCUCUGACACGAGGCGAACUCACGUGGCACGAAAUCCUCGACCCAUCACGCUUCCAACCCCACAGCGGAGCAAUCCCUGGACACGACGUCGUCGGUCUCAUCGACAAAGUGUUUCCAUGCUCCAAAUUGGCCGCAGAGCCGAAAUUCUCGUGCGGCGAUCAGAUCUGGGCGCUCCUGGACUUUGGCCGCGACGGCGCUGCCGCAGAGUAUACCCUCGCCCGUGAAACCGAACUCAGUCUGGUGCCACAGAGGGCUGAUCCCCACGAUAUCUCCGACGAGGAAUGGGAGGAACGACUUGCGACGCUCCCCUUGUCAGGGCUCACUGGGUAUCAAGCUCUCUUCACACAGGGAGGUCUUCCCCUCCCGACAACAUCGACAGCCACGCCCGCGAAGAGAGUCCUCGUUCUCGGCGCAGCAGGCAGUGUCGGCCUACCGACGCUCCAACUCGCAAAGGCAGCCAACAUGACCGUGAUCGCCACGGCAAGCGCCACAUCCUCCGCCUGGCUCCUCGCCUCGCUUCUCGACCCAUCGACAGAUACACUGCUGGACUAUACGUCCCCGGGCUACACAUCCGUGGCCUCCUCCUUCCACGUCCUGAAUCUUCCGCCCGUUGACCUCGUCGUAGACUGCAUCGGCGGCGAAACACUCUCCUCCUUGCUCCUGACAGCAACGCCGCCGCUCUCCUCCAUCGUCCGUCCCGGCGGGAGAGUCAUCACGCUUGUCGCUCCUCUGAAAGUCUACGGCGAGGUCACAUCCGCGCAAAUGACAAAGAAUUGUGCAAGUGCGGGCGUGGAUGCUGGGUUCUUCAUCGUCAAACCUUCGGGCGAGGAACUGGACACUCUCGGACGUUGGACCAGAGAGGGGAAAUUGGCCGGCUAUGUCCACGGAGAGAAGGCAUUCCCUCUCGCAGGCGGACGGUUGGCGAUGCAGAUUACCGAGGCGAGGGGCCGGAAGGGUUGUGGCAAGGUCGUGGUCAGGGUCGCCGGGCAGUAA